GAAAUCGCGAAACGCCAUCACACGAUGGAGGGUGAAACCCGCGUCCGCCGCGCGACGGCCGACGAGCGCGACGUCGUGGAAGCUUUCCUUCGUGCGGCAUACGUGGAAUCCGGCAAGUCCUUUCCGUUCGUUCAACAUACCAAGCAAGAUGCGUGGAUGUUUGUGGCAGAAGACAGCCAUGGCGACACCGUUGCCGCGACCAGCGCUGUGUGGGACCCAGUGAUGUCGACCGUCACGAUGGAGCACGUCGCCGUAGCUUUGCAUUGGCGCAACCAAGGCGUUGGGUCUCAACUGCUCGCCGGCGUGGAUGCGUUCGUCCAGGUCGAAAUACCAACAUGCAAGUACCUCGCAUUCAUCACGGACGCGUCACCCAAGAUGGAAGCAUGGGCACGUGAUCGCUUAUUCCGCGAAGUGUCGGGUGGCUUCCUGCCAGAUGCUACAGGCCGCUACGUUGUGUACCGCUGCUUGAUGACCGCAGACCAGAAAGAGUCCCAUGACAUCAUGGGUGACUUCCUCGCGCAAGUGAUCGAUCACGACGACAUGGCACGGAGUGAUUCCGCGCAGCCCAACGAUCUCCACCAGGACGAGCCCAGCGUCCUUGCGUCCCUCCUGACAAAAGUUUCGCUGGGAAAAUUCCAAGCCAUUGCAACGUCGCUGGAUGCCGAGGCGAGCGCGUCGGAUGCCGGGCUCCGCGUGGAGUGGAGCGAGUUGGAUGGAUUCGUCCAUGAGACGCCGUUCCCUUGUGCGAGCCCUGGCGACGACAACGACCCAUCACUCGAUUCGCUCGUGCGGUUGCUCAUGCAUCAACUCAAGGAUCCGGCGCAACGUCGUCCGCUCUUCGACGACCCAUCCAUCGCGACGACCGAUUCCACGACGAUCGCUGCGGCGCGGGCCAUCCACCAAACCGCCAAACCCGACGAGACUUGCCUCCCAUUGCCACCCACCCACAAGGAGACGAUUCAUCAUCGGGUUUAAAUACGCGCUUUACAGGAAAUGCUGCAUGACCGCACGCAACCCAUACAUGAGCCCGGCCUGCUUGCGCGCCUCGGCCGCCAGCAAUGUCACGUGGCAUUUCUCCGACGCCGUCAGCGUGUGGCUAAAGUGCUCGACGUCCUUGGCAGCGACGCGCCACGGCGUGCAUGCGACCUUCUUGACGAAUUGCUUGGUUGGCCGGUUCAAGUAGAUGUUGACGUUGCGGUAGUCGUAGUCGUCAUGACAGAUGCCGUAAAUGCGAUGCACGUAGUACCAGAUCGCAUGGCGGAAUGGCGUUGUGUCGACAUGGGA